AUCCACCACUUUACAUGUCGUUCAUUGAGCAUUGGGUCGUGGCGUCGAGUUGGGCAGAACGCGAUGGACUUGGUUAUAUUCUAUUCGCCAGAGAAGGCUUGUAUCACCUACUACAUCAACAAUGACUCGGCCGGCUAUAAGAUUGAGUAUCCAUUCGCAUACAUCAAGAAUAUCGAAAUUGAGGGCUUAGAUUCUCCGGUCACGCCCCACGGAGCACAGAAGCAGGGACAGCUUGUUAUCACCUUGACCCAACCACCCAACUUUUUCAUGGACUCGUCCGGAUCUGGAUCUGGAUCUGGCGGGUUUUACCAGUGUGGUGACUUUACUGAGGACCAACAGGCUUCCCAAGUCUUGACCCAUCAACUUGGCGGGCACCCAAAGAUUCUCCAAAGUCAACUUACGAAGUUGAUGACCUUGGAUGUAUUUGCGAACAGACACCUUCACGCCCAAUCACAUUUGCAGCAGUUUUAUGACAACCCGACCUUUUCGGUUUCCGCUCCUGUAUCGCCCCAAAUUGUGCGGCCUGCCUCAUCUAACGAUGUUGACAAUCAUCCUGGUUACCCACAGGACCCUGCCCCUGGGCACAACUUUCAUCAGAAGCACAGGCGUACUAGGAGCCGCUCUGUUCCGCUUGCGAUUGACUUCUCUCAACUCCAGCAGAAUAUGCCAUCAUUUUCAUUCCAGGAUGCUCAAGACCAUCUUUAUGCUCCCGCCCCUCAGCAUCCUCACGCACUUGUCAACUCGGGGCUCCCGAAUCCUCUCCGCAUUGAUACGUCUUCUUCCGGAUUCCUUGACUACAGGCCCGGAUCGGCGUACCCCCUGUCGGCCGCUACCACAACCUCUCCUUCAGAUUAUGCCAGCCCCUCGAUGAUCAACUCUUCGCUGCAGCAUGAUUUGAACAACAAUGCUGGUUAUAGUACCCCAUACAGCUUGCCUUUCCUUUCGCCUCUGGUCGACCCAACCAACACCGUUGGUACUUCUGUUUCUCCCAUUUCGAUGGGUCAUGGUGACCCGGUGAUCGCCAGCACCUCACCCCCUUUGUCCCAUCUGCACCGAUCCACAAGCUCCGAAUUGUUCCCCGAGUCAUAUGAUCAACAAAAUCCUCUUUCGGACGAUGGUGUUGGAUUGAGUGAGUUGUACUCAAAACAGUCCCUGGCUCUAUCAGGCCACUCCCCGUCAGUGGAGGAUCAGGACGAUGUGGAUAUGCAGCAAAUGAUGCACUUUUCGUUAGCGCAAGGUGUUCCACCGGCAGCGGAUGGAAUGUGAUUGGCCCAACAAGGCCGUUGGAACACCGCCCGCAUCUCUGGAUACCUAUAGAUCCUUUUGGUAUGGCGAGUUAAUAUUCCUUCUUUCCACUGUCUUUCGUCCUUCCCCUUUCAUUCGCAUUUGGUUUUCCUUUUCUACUUUUCCUUUGUUUAUCCUUGCUUUUGUCAUUAUUUUGCAUUUUGCGUUGCCUUUCGGUUGUUCUGUAUGGCUAUUGCGGUGAUUGGGGGUUCUUUUUUGCUCUGGGCAUGAUUUGAGUGCUGGCUACUCAUCACUGUGUGGGGUUUGUUGGUUUUUCAUUUCCAUAAAAUUAUUUUUUUCCAUUUAACGGUUUCAUUAGGCAGAAAGGACUUUUCUAUCGAGCUGGAUUGGGUGGCUGCGGGGGGGUAGGUGGUUCAUGGCUUUCGUAUGCUUGGUUGUAAUAGUAAGCCCAGUACUGGUAAAACUUUGGACCUUAGGGAGGCGUUCAAUUGGCAGGACAAAUGGGGAUGGUAGGAUAUCCCACCAAAAUAUUAUUCCCUACACUAUUUAUACACAAAA